AUGCCCAUGAACGUCUCAGGGUCCUUAUGGAACCACGCUAGAACGUCAUCCUGUCUGCUGGUGAUACUGUGACGUCCUUUCCCGCAUCCAGAAAGGUCCAUGUAUGAAUUUAGCUGAUUCCAUGUUGACAUUUGUUUUGAUGUAUCAUCCUGAAUGUAGUGUUAGUCUCAAGAAACGCCAAUAUCCGGAAAAGAAGACUCUUCUGGGCUUGUGAGGAAGUUAGCGGCUAAGUGGCUAACGUUAGCUACCUCACCCUUCAAGCUCGUUCUGAGGAGUCCUGACCAGGGUCAUGUUUUUAAAGCUGAUCCGGAGAUUUGGGAUUCAACGUUACCCUCCUGUUGCACCCAUCUGCCUCUUCACCCGGCUCCUGAGUACCAGCACUGCAGGACCAUCCUCAUGUGUAGCCUGCCUUUGCACCUCGGUCGGCCGGUGCAUCAGAAGACAGGGCUGCGGAAAACUCCAGCCGGACCCUGGGAUUAGGAGCCUGACCACCAUCUUCAGGGAGCCAUCCUUUGUCACCAGCAGCUCUGUACGACUCCACAGAAAUUCAGUUCCUCGACCCACAGCUGCAGAGGAGAAGGCUUUCCAGCAGCGUCUUGAUAGCUGCUCAGCCUCCCGGCUGGUCUUCAAACUGCUGCGCUCAGUGGAGAUUUUGUCUGACACCAUGGCUGCAGCAGCACUUCAUCAAGUAGCCGACCUGGAGCAGGAGGGGAACUCACUGAAGGACCCCACAGUGCUGGAGAAAGACACCAUCACAGCUCUGUUCUUCCAGCUGGAGCAGGACUGUGGGCAGCUGACGGAUGCUGGGCUAGUAUCAGUUCUCCUGGCCUGCACACGCCUCUUCUUGGAUCCCUGGAGCACUCUAAUGGUACGGCUUGUGACUGAGAGCCAGGACAGGCUUGACAGGGGGACGCUGAGUGUAGGGCAGCUGUGCACUUUAGGCCAGGCAAUGCUAGCCAUAGACGGUCCUGGCUCUGCGAUGCUGGAGCAGGUCAUGGAGGACAUCCAGAAGCAGGAGCCUUCCCAGUGGAGCCUAUCAGAUCUCAUUGCUGUUUAUAGUCUACUGCAAGGUGGUGUGGGUGAAGAUGGAAAAUACAGAGACUUGCUGAAUGCCAUGCACACUCAUGCUCUGACAGUCACCCAUAUGGAUCCUCCUGCUGUCAGUGUGCUACUCGGUGCUCUUGUUACCUUGAACCAGACCCAGGCCAUGCCUCUAGUUAUCAGUCUGUGUAAGCAGGCUGUGCAGCAUGUACCUCACUUCACUGAUGAGGAGCUCACCCUUGUAGUUGGGUCACUCAUCCACUUUGGUUACAGCAAUAGUCACUUUGUGGAGGCGAUAGAGAAGAACAUCCCUACAAUGGCAUUCACCUCUCACCCAGAGACAGUAACCAAAGUGAUGCAGUUUUUUGGCCGCAGGAACAUCCUGUCCACAACUGUAUUUAAUGCUGUUGCAGAGAGCUUUGUGUACCGAGCAGAUGACUACAGCACCAGCCAGGUGGCCAGGCAGAUCAUGGCUUUCGGGAAGCUGGGAUACCUCCCACCUAACGCAGGCGACAUGUUCAGGACGGUUGAAACCAUACUGUACAAACGCUUUUUACACUUCCAGCCUCGAACGCUGCUCAACCUUCUCCACUCCUGUACCCUGGUGGAGAGGUUCCCUGUUAACUUUGUUUCCCAAGUCUUCCGCAGUAAUUUCCUCCAGCAACUGCAAGAGCAAGGCACAGGAAUUGAUCAUAUCAUCCUGGCACAGCUGACUCAGCUGUACAUGACUAUGAAGCUGGAAUGUCCUUCCUAUAAGGGUCCCAGUCUCCUUCCAGAGUACUGGGUCAAGUCUUUCCUCAUGUCUGGACGCUCCCUGGAGACGCCCGUAAGUGCACAGCUGGACAACUCUGUGAAACGUGGACUGAUUAAAUUGCUCGGGGCUCGUUCAUACUUUGGAUCCAAAGUCCUGACACCAUACUGCUACACACUAGAUGUUGAGAUAAAACUUGAUGCAGAGGGAUAUGUGCUGCCUGCUAGUCAAAUUGAUGAUGUGUACAAAAGGAUAGCCCUUUGUAUUGAUGGACAAAAAAGGUUCACUACAAACAUGAGGCAGCUACUUGGAAAAGAGGCCAUCAAGCAGCGACACCUGAGGCUUCUGGGAUAUGAAGUUGUUCAGGUUCCUUACUAUGAAUUUGAACAACUGGAAAGCCAAACCAGUAUGGUUGAGUACCUGCACCAGAAGAUCUUCCCUCACACUUACAGGCUGAGCUGGUGAUAAUUAGAAAUGAGUUUGCUGUGGUUGUGACAUCUGGGGUUGCUUUUUUUUCUUAAAGACACCUGUAUUUAUUUUUGCUAAAAAGCCAUUACCAAAUUAAUGUGUAUGAGUUUUUUGAUAAUGUACUUCCACAUAUUUAACUUUAUAAUAACGUAACUUUUAAUAAAUAAUGACUUUUGAAUUA